UUGACAUUUUGUCCCAAUUUUUUUCCCCGUCCAAUGUCGUUCUUCUCCACAAGCCAUCCAUCGCUGUCAGCCCCCACUUUGCGUCCAAUCCCAAGCCAUCUUCUCACCAUUAAACACCGCCCGACGAAGCUAUAUAUAAUGCCCUAAAUCAAGAACCUGACAAGGUAUCAGCCUCAAGAAAGUCAUUCGAAUCCUCCCUGUAUUCAUUUUCCCUCCAUUGAUUCCUGAUCCGAUCUUUGGAUUUGCUUUGAGCUCUGACCACGUCUCCGUGGCGAAAACGAGAGGAUGGUUGAAGGCGGGCAUCGUGUUCUCUUCUUGGGCGGCUUGCUGUUAUGGCUAUGCAUGGCUGCACCAUCCGCGUCAGAGUUGCAGCGGCUCCAGCACCGCGCCAGACCUGACGGGACUCUGAGCUUCUUGGUCGUCGGCGACUGGGGAAGAGAAGGGAACUACAACCAAUCUGAAGUUGCUUCCCAGAUGGGAGUGAUCGGAGAGAAGCUGGACAUAGACUUUGUGAUCUCUACCGGCGACAACUUCUACGAAGACGGAUUGACCGGGGAAGACGACCCUGCAUUCUCCAAGUCAUUUACCGACAUCUACACCGCCCCGAGCUUGCAAAAGCCGUGGUACAAUGUUUUGGGCAAUCACGAUUAUAGGGGCGAUGUUGAGGCCCAACUAAGUCCCGUCUUAAGGGAGAAAGACAGCAAGUGGAUUUGCUACAGAUCAUAUAUCCUAAGGACAGAAAUCGUGGAUUUCUUCUUCGUGGACACGACACCGUUCGUGGACGACUACUUCACCAACCCUGGAGAGCACAAGUACGACUGGAAGGGCGUGGAGCCGAGGGACGAGUACCUAUCGAAACUCUUGACGGAUGUGGAUUCAGCUCUAAAGGACUCCCCAGCAAAUUGGAAAAUCGUGGUCGGGCACCACACCAUAAAAAGCGCAGGUCAUCACGGCGUCACCGUUGAGCUUGUCGAGCAGCUCCUCCCAAUCCUUCAGGCCAAUAAUGUUGACCUUUAUGUGAAUGGGCAUGACCAUUGCUUGGAGCACAUCACUAGCACAGACAGCAGCGAAACUCAAUUCAUUACGAGUGGAGGCGGGUCCAAGGCGUGGAGGGGCGACAUAAGGCCGUGGAAGCCUGAGGAGAUGAAGUUCUAUUAUGAUGGGCAAGGUUUCUUGUCCGUUAACAUGACCGGAGACCAAGCCGAUCUCGUCUUCUACGACGUCUUCGGACAAGUCUUGCACAAAUGGUCCAUCUCCAAACAGCUUCGCACCGCUGCUAAAAGAUCAUACUCGGAGUUCUAAUUAUAGCAAAAAAAAUUACUACACAGAGGGAGAAGAAAGUCAUAUGGUUAGCUUAGCGAGAAAUACAGUGUCGCCGAUAAAGAGAUCAGAUCUCUUUGGGUGUUCAUGAAGCAGCCAAUACACACGAAAAUGUUUUAGAACAAGCUGUAAGUCGGCUUUGAUUCAGAAAAAUAAACAAGACAUGUAUAUCGAUACGAUGCAAAAGGAAAAAGAUAUAUACCAUUAAGAAGCUCAUCUCUC